AUGGGCUCGCUGGGCUCUGUGUCCUCCAUGUUUCUUGCCCACUUUGUCGCCGAGACCAGCAGAUACAUGACCACCGUUAACCCCGAGAAGAACCCAUUCUUAACGCAUUUGCUCCCACUGGCUUUCUCGGAUGAGUUGAUACUCCACUCGCUGCUCGCUCUUGGAGGGGCCCACUUGGACCGUAAACAAAGCUCCCCAGAAAUCAACACAUGGGUUUACCGACAUUAUGGACACGUGAUUUAUCUGCUACAAGGCGCCAUUUCUCGAAAAUCGAAUGAGCCGCUCGAAUGGCUUCGAGCUCUGCUGGCCCAGCUAAUCCUCUACCUAAUUGGGGUUUUCAGCCUUGCACAAGACGACGGUGCAAUGAUGCAUAUUCGAGCUGGGAGAAAAAUUGUCCGUCGGCUGCUGAGUUCUUCCUCGGAAACAAGUAACAUGCGAGUACUAUGUGGCUUCACGUUUGAAUUAUACACCUACCUGGCCCUUAUAGCCAGUCCUACACCCUAUAACAACGGGACAGAGUCUGAGCUGGAUACUCGCAGCUCUCUCCUGCUUUCCUGGGACAUCCUGAAGAACUACGAGAUCUUUGGAGCCAUUGUUUCCCCUAUCUAUCAGUGUCUAGAGGUUAUCCCGCGGGUGAUUUCUCUUUGCACGCGCCGUCAAGCGGAGAUCAUGUUUCAAGAGUGCUCGUCGGAAAACUGGGCGGAAUUCGUUCAAUUAAUCACCAUCAUUGAGACUAUUGGAUCUGCCGAUGAUUUACCAGAACCCGCAAUCAACCUUGAACACGAACAAAGUCUCUCAGUUUCAGCAAUUUAUCGCCACGCGCUGGCAAUUUUUGCAUACGACGCUAUGUGGUGUGGUACGAUUGCGGAAGAUGAGAGCCGAUUGUCAGUCGUUCGCCGGCAUGCCCUGAGUGCGUUGAUGCUUAUACCAACUUUGAUGGACACGCAUCUCAGGAACGUUCUCCUUUGGCCAACUAUCGUGAUCGGGUCAUGCCUAAUCAAUGAAACAGAAUGGGAUGUGAUUAGAAAAGUAUUAUCCAACAGAGAGCCACUGUUUGUGGUAAUGAAGAUGAAGACGAUGCUUGAGAAUCUAUGGGCUGAAAAUGACCCUGUCUAUUUCGGGCCUUAUGGAUUGCACAAACAUAUGCUAUCGCAUCAGACUGUUAUAUAUCUUGCGUAA